CCCCCCCCCCCCCCCCCCGCGCCGCACCUUUGCCAAACGAUGCCUGCUUUUGCUUAGCUUUCCAUAUGGGCAGAGCCAGUUUUCCUCUGAACAAUCCCACACGAGUGAAAAAUAUUGGUGUACUGGGGCACUGCUCUGGCCUGGGGUUUGGCCCAGGCGAAAUAAUACCAAUGCCAUGGAGGCUGAUUGGGAUGAAUUGUCGCGCAUCGCGCUCCCUCCUCCGAGCUCGCAUGCUAUGCCAACAAUCGCGACGACAAUAGCCUUUGAUGAUGUGAUGGAACUGUUGUGGAUAGGAAAUGAAUAUGGUCGAAUUACUUCCUUCUACGGGCCUGAACUGCAACGGUACACCUCUGUUCGAGCGCAUCCCGCCUCCGAGGGCCCGGUCCGGCAAAUAUUGUUCCAUGAGAGGGGGGUGAUAUCGCUUUCCUUGAAUAGCGUGCAUAUGAUUACGCGACGCGGCUUGACACAAUGGCAUAUUAACCAUGAGGAAAUUACGGAUCUCCGAUGUAUGAGCUUUACGGCCCAAACAAACAGAAUCAUCGUCGCAGGAUGCCAGCGCGUGAUGUUUACUAUUGAUAUUGAUAAGGGGGUGAUCAUCGACAAGUUACCCACAGAACACCACUAUGUCAUGAUGAAGAAGAGCCGGUAUCUCUGUGCCGCCACAGAUACGGGCUCUGUGAAUGCACUGAGUUUGUCUGACUUUAGUGUUGUCAAGUCCUGGAAGGCACACGGGACCGCAAUCAAUGAUAUGGAUGCGCGGAAUGAUCUUUUGGUUACAUGUGGGUUUUCCAUGAGGCAGCUUGGAUCUCCCAUCGUUGAUCCAUUGGCAAAUGUGUAUGAUUUGAAAACUUUGUCACCACUACCACCUAUCCCGUUCCAUGCUGGAGCUGCGUAUGUUCGUAUGCAUCCGAAACUACAUACGACAAGCUUCGUCGCCUCGCAAACUGGCCAAGUUCAGGUCGUCGACCUAAUGAAUCCAAACGCGAUUAAUCUUCGACAAGCAAAUGUCUCCUUUAUGUUGGGUAUCGACAUAUCUCCUUCGGGAGAAGCCCUAGCUAUUAAUGAUGCAGAAUGCUCCAUUCAUUUGUGGGGAUCGCCCGCGAAGAUUCACUUCAACGAGAUGAGUAAAGAGGUCGAGUUGGCGGAUGCUACCCCACGACCUCCCUCUUUGGACUGGUCCCCUGAGACCCCGUUGAAUAUGAGCGGUAUGCCGUAUUACCAUGAGCGCUUGCUCUCUGCAUGGCCCAGCCAUCUUGUUUUCGAAGUCGGCAGUCCGCCAGCCGCCAUAGACCAGUCACUGCUUCCCUAUCUUCGUCCGGCGGAGAUGGGGCAUUAUGCACCGAAUCCAAAGAAGGGCCGACGGUAUCAGGUUGAGAAUACUCGCGCCCUGGCGUCUUCAGAGUCCGCUCUUAUUGCGCCCAAGUUUUUGAGUGAGAAGGCAAGGGAGCAGAAUAAGACAAACCCCGAUGGCACGGCCGCCGACGCCGCCGACGCCCUUGCUGGCGCCAAGAUCAGCGGAGAGGCUGAAGACGACCCUCUCCUUAAAUAUAGCAAUGUUGAAAUCAAGUAUAGUAGAUUCGGAGUGGAUGAUUUCGACUUUAGAUUCUAUAACCAGACUACAUUUUCCGGGUUGGAAACCCAUAUCGCGAACUCUUUCACCAACUCUCUUCUGCAACUUCUCAAGUUUAUCCCCUUGGUCCGAAACAUCUCCCUCCACCAUGCAGCGAGUUCGUGUAUAGCCGAGAAUUGUCUCCUUUGCGAGAUGGGCUAUCUCUUUGAUAUGCUGGAGAAAGCAAACGGGCAAAAUUGCCAGGCGACCAAUUUACUCAAGACCUAUAGCAGCUUCCGUGAAGCUUCAAAUUUAGGGUUAUUUGAAGAGAAUCUAACCAAUAAGUCUCUGUCGUCGGCAAUUCAGUCUGUGACCAGGUUCUUCCUAAGUCAAAUUGCCCAGGAUUUCCGUAAGAUCCUGCCGAACUCGGAGGAUCUUGACCAGAGGCUGGCGACUAUUGCGUCGGAGUCUAUUCGAUGCAUGUUCUGCCAGAAUGAGAUCGUCCGACCUGGAAAUUCGCUCGCCAACGAGCUGGUCUAUCCCAAUGUUGAUAUCAAACAAGCUCGCAGAAACCCUGCGUUCCGUUUUUCGAAUAUCCUACGAGCAAGUAUCGAACGGGAGACGCAAAAUAGAGGUUGGUGUAACUACUGUCGACGGUACCAACAAGUGGCAAUUCGAAAAACUGUUCACCGCAUGCCUCUUGUUCUGAUACUGAAUGCGGCCCUGGCGACUCCAAUCUGUCGACGUCUUUGGACGAUCCCCGGCUGGCUGCCCGAGGAGAUUGGCAUUGCUCUCGACGGUGGCCAGGUCCUGUGUUUUGAAGGAGAUGAUCUAAGGGUGCGUGUUCAGGCAAAUAUGCCCGGGCUCAUGAUUUAUGAGUUGGUGGGCUUGGUUGCAGAAAUUGAUAUACCUGAACACCAAAAAGCACACCUAGUUUCUUUCAUUAAUGUCUCUGUUUCUUCUCCAGAACAUGAAACAAAGAGCAAAUGGCAUUUGUUCAAUGAUUUCCUUGUUACAGAAGUCGACAAGGAUGAGGCGUUACGUUUCAACCAACCGUGGAAAUCACCAUGUGUACUUGCAUACCAAGUCAAAGACGCUCGCCACGUUGUUGAUGACACUUGGAAAAAUUUCCUUGAUACCACCCUGCUUUUCCGCGACUGGUCUGUGAAUUGUGGUCGCCCUGUGGAAUCACGGGUGAUGCUUUCUGAGCAAGAGAAACCCACCCCCGGCACCCCGGUUGCGCUCGACACGGAGUUUGUUGAUCUCGAGAAAGCAGAAAUCAAUGUUAAAGCCGACGGCUCCCAAGAGAUUGUGCGUCCCAGCAAAAGCGGUCUCGCUAGGGUGUCAGUCCUUCGAGGCUCGGGGAUCCAAGAAGGUGUUCCAUUUAUCGAUGAUUAUAUCUCCAUUAAAGAGGCUAUUGUUGACUACGUGACUCAAUACUCGGGAAUUAAACCCGGCGAUCUGGAUCCAAGAACCAGUCAACACAAUGUGGUUCCUCUCAAAGUUGCAUACAAAAAGCUGUGGCUGCUUCUGAAUUUGGGCUGUGUUUUCGUGGGACACGGCUUGGCCUCGGAUUUCCGUAAGAUUAACAUCCAGGUCCCCAAAAAGCAGACAGUCGACACCCAAUAUCUGUUUUUCCAUCCCGGGAAGAACAGACGACUUAGCCUUCGAUAUCUAGCUUGGGCUGUGUUCAAGGAGUACAUCCAAGAAGAGUCAGCAGAUAAUAACCAGGGACACGAUUCCAUAGAAGAUGCACGCAUGGCUCUCCGUCUGUGGAAGAAGUUUCAAGAAUACGAGGACGCCGGGAUUGUGUCUCAAAUCCUGGAAGAGAUUUUCCGCGAGGGAUCCAAGUUGGGAUUCAGACCACCACCGCGCAACGGCACUGCUAUGGUGCUUUCUCGGCCCGGGACAGCAGUUACAAUGCAAAACAAUAGCGGUCGCAACACCCCUAGUACGCCUGAGGCUGGAGGAGCCACGGCGGCAGUGGCAGCCGCAGCCGCAGGAACAAGUGCACCAGCCACACCACGACAAGCAUUUAGACGAUCUAUUGCGUUGACCCCCAGCAAUGGCAGCUUUGCAGGGCCUGGGACGGGAGAUUUCUUUGGCGGUAGCCCUCUGAAAUAGGCACCCCAUUCUACCCAAGGGAUACGUCUCGACUGACGACAUCAUCAUGAGUUGCACGGAUAAGCGUACGUGAUAUGAAUUUUUUUUUUUUUUUUUUCAGUUACGCAAUAAAGAAGAGUGGCAUUUUGAUAUGCUUUGGCUUUUACCUGCUUGGUUGCAUGGGAUGGGAGUAGUAGUACCUAGGU